AGGAUCUGACGCAGUCAUUUGAUUCGGACGUGCCUUCUUGUUACAUUUCUACCUCUGUAUUAUCUACGGAGAAUUUUUCAGGAUUUUGGACGUAGUGGUUUAAAAACACCGCUAAGAACGAAACAUUGCUGAGAAAUCGUUAAAGAUCAUUCUGUAGGAAGGACUAUAAAAAGUUAACGGGCUGUCAAGCCUGUAACUCAAGCUGGAGUAGGACGUUUAUGUGGGAUUUCUGGACAAAAACGAAUAAGUUUUUCCUUAGUAUGCUUUCAUCUAACGGGGUUCUUGUGACGUUGAUUUUGGACUGUACCGUAUAGAGGCAUGGGCUCUCUGAAAGCUUUGCAGGACUGGUGCAGGGUCCAGUGUGAGAGUUACCCUGAUGUGGACAUUAAAAACAUGUCCUCAUCCUUUAGAGAUGGAUUGGCCUUCUGUGCCAUCAUCCACAGACACAGGCCGGACCUCAUGGACUUUGACUCCCUUUCAAAAGAAAAUGUCUAUGAGAACAAUCGACUGGCAUUUGAGGUUGCAGAAAGCGAGUUAAAUAUUCCAGCCCUGCUGGAUCCAGAAGACAUGGUGUCCAUGAGCGUGCCUGACAGAUUGAGUAUUAUCACCUACGUCUCUCAGUAUUAUAACUACUUCACCAACAAAUACCAAGAUAACUCCACGUGCAUGAAGAGACCCGCUUUUCCAGGCUUCAACGAACAAGUCAUAAAGAAACCAUCAUCUCCAGAGGAACAGGCCACUAAGACAGAAUUGGGCGUAGAUAGCCAAUCAAAAAGCAACACUCUGAGCAGCAGCUGCCUAGUCUGUGGAAAGCACGUUCACCUGGUUCAGAGGAUCCUCGUUGACGGCAAACUUUAUCAUCGGAACUGCUUCAGAUGCAGAGAAUGUAGCAACACGUUACUUCCUGGCUCCUACAAGUUCACAGAGGAUGCUGGAUCGCUAGUUUGCACACAUCACUUUACCAGGUCCACCAGUCAAAACUGUCACCCCGAUCUGAGUAAUCAACUAGUGCCUACAAGCUCAAGCCCCAAAGACCCACCCAAUAGAAGUAUACAGGAGUCUACAGCAUCACAAAGUGAUGAUAACGCUCCAGAGAGAGAGGAUGCGUUCAGACAUGAAACGUCAAGAGAAAAUCAUCCGGACAGCAGCUCAGAGGAGAAGACAGAGCAAGUUCACCAAAAUCCUUUUGAUGAAUCUGAAGAGGAGGAACAGGACCCCCAUCAAGAAGAUGAAGCAGGAAACAAGCCAGCUGCUGAUGGAAGUAAUAGUGUCCUUCCUUCAAUGCCAGUGAGGAGUACCGCAGCAGAGGGUCCGCCAGUACCAAAGCCUAGACGGGUGUUGGAACCCUCUCCCGCCCCUCGUCCUGUCCCCAGACCACGCCCACCCAGACCCACUGAGAGCUUGACGGUGAAUGGAGACACUCAUAGUGGAUCAGUUCCUGUACCAAGAGAGAGAUCACACUCACCUGCUGGCAAAGCAGCUGACACUCCUAAACCAAAAGACCCACCCUGGCUGGCUCUUGUCCAGUCAGAAUCCAAGAAAAAAACAGCACCUCUCCCACCCGGUAUUCCCAGUCUAGCCUCUUCUGGCUCAGCUUCUUCUCUAAAAGAGGAGAGAUCAGAACCAGUCGCUGUUCUCAAUCCCUUUGAUGAUGAGGGUGAUGAUGAAGACGGAGAGCCAGAAACCAGUGCUGAACCUCCCUUAGGUCCAGUGGUGUCCAACCAUCCUUGGUAUAGGAUCACUCAAGCUGCUAAAGACACAGAUGGAGACGCCAGUGGAAAAAGUCCCGCAAGUGUUGGAAGAAAGAAGCGACCAGCACCCCAAGCUCCAAAAUCAACGUCAUCAGUUCUGAGAAAAGAGAGCAUCUCCUCCUCGUACUCGGACUGCAGUGCAGUUCCCCAUCGGCCACCUGCUUACAAACAGGACCACUUGUUUAUGAAGAGUGUGUCUGAACCAUCAAUCAACACUUCUACCACCCCAAACCCUCAGCCUUAUUGUUCUCCGAGCCGGUCUCUGGCACCACCACCUACCAAUACCAGCUCAAUGCCAAGCACUCCAGAGACCAGUCGUAGUAUGAGACAGCCCCCGCCUCGGCCCUCUUCACAGACACCCAGCACUCCAGCCAAGCACACCUGUAAAGAGAAUCCAUUUAAUCGGAAGACCACCACCUCUUUCAGCGCUCCUAUAUCCGGACGCCCAAAAGGCCCUCGUCCUGCACGACCCCCUGCUCCUGGACAUGGAUUUCCUCUCAUUAAACGUAAGGUCCAGUCCGACCAGUAUAUCCCAGUAGAAGAUGUUCAUAGUGAAAUAAGUGAUCUGGAGAAACAGUUGGAUGAACUGGAGAAGAGAGGUGUUGAUCUGGAAAAGAGGUUACGGGACUGUUCAAAUGAUGAUGCAGAAGAACAUCUGCUUGUUGACUGGUUUACUCUGAUUCAUGAGAAACACUUACUGGUGCGACGAGAAGCUGAGCUGGUCUACACAGCUAAGCAGCAGAACCUGGAGGAAAGGCAGGCAGAUGUGGAAUAUGAGCUUAGAUGUUUGCUGAACAAGCCAGAGAAAGAAUGGACAUCAGAUGACAAAGCCAGGGAGCAGCAGUUGAUGUCAGAACUUGUCACUAUUAUUGAGCAGAGGAACCAGAUCAUUAACAACAUGGAUCAGGAUAGACAGAGGGAGGAGGAGGAAGACAAACUGGUAGCAGCUAUGCUUAAGAAAAAAGAGUUUCGUGGAGAAGGUGAGCUGAAGAAGAAAGCAGGAAAGUUUAAGCCCAUGAAGGUUCUGAGGAGAUUGAGCACCAAGAGUGAAGGACUAAAGGGCAAUAUUGCCAAAAAAGAGAACAUAUGAGAGCGAGAGAAAUGUAUAAUAUGUAACUUGAUAGCUAAUUCUUAUCUCCCAGAAGGGCUGUCACAAUAUCAGAUUGUUUCUUUCUAGAUGAUUAUUAUGGCCAAAAUAAUUUUAUUAAAAAAAAAGAAAUAAGGAUCAAUAAUCAGUGAAAUUCAUCUUUCAUUUUGUUUGCCAAUGAUUCGUAAUGAAAAUGUGCGUAUAGAGAGGCAAUGAGAGAAUUGCUAACCAUUGUGGCUCUCAAGGCUAAAUGUUAAACGGGUACAAUAAUGUAAAGAUGUUAACCAGAUACUGGCUCUAAAUCAUUUACUACAAUAUCAGUAUUAACACAGUAUCAUUAAUCACUGUCUGAUCGACAACACUGGUAUGUUUUGACACCCCAAAUUAUGUUUAUAUUACUGUAAAAUAGAGCAAGUCACCAGUAAUACUGAUUAACAUAUAUCAGCUUUACUGCUACUACAUCUGUUAAAAUGGGUUCUGUUAUGACAUUUUACAAAGUCUUGAUAUUUUAAGUUAUUCUAAAAACUUAAAUUAAGCAUUUAGUCUGCUAACAUACAUGUACAUGUCUCUUUAAACCAGUGAUUCUCAAACUGGGGCCGUGGCCUCCUGGGGGACCCCAAGAUGGUUCCAGGGGGGGCACAGAUUUUGUGGCAUUUUAGAAAUAUAGAUAUUUAUCAUACAUUUUGUGCAAUCAAACAUCAGAAAAACAACACCACCAUCCAAAAGAAUUGAUGUUUUAGCAUUGUUUAACUGACUAUUUUCUUGGUUUAAUUAAAAUUUUAAGUUUAAGAUUAUAAAUCUUUAUUUGGGGGGCCGCAAAGCAACGCACGCUACUGAAAGUGACCUAUUAGUCAGAUAUGGUGACCCAUACCCGAAAUGUGACCUCUGCAUUUAACCCAUCCAGAGAGUAGUGAACACACGCACAGCAAGUGGUGAACACACGUACACCCGGAGCAGUGGGCAGCUAUCACUGCAGCGCCAAAGGGGGCCUUACAACAAAAAAGUUUGAGAACCACUGCUUUAAACACACAAAACAGCGGAUGAUAAAGUCCUUAAUGAAGUGCACCGUGAGUGGGAAAUGGAACCCCCUUAAUAGUAAUAUAAAUUAAUAGGUUUACUAAAUUGUUGAUGGUUAUGACAAAUUUAGUUUGGAUUUACAGCUCAAAUUAUUUUAUUUGACACCAUAAUCUCUACAUGAAGAGUUCAAAAAUCAUGUUUUUAUUGUGUUAGUUGGCUGUAUUUUUUUUUAGUUAUUAUGGCUUAAAUCAAAACAAACCAACUGCAGUUUGAUUGAUAUUAAUGCAUAAUAAUAAAACAUGAUUUUUGACAAAUUUUAAAAACCGAGUUAUCUCAUUUUGGAACCAAACUCUUCAUGUAAUCUCUCCAUUUUAAAAUACUACAGCUGAAAAUGUGAUAUUUAAUGUUCUAAACAACGUUUUAAGUUUCUGUGAAAAUUGCAGUGUAAUUUGGAGUUGCUCCACUAUAGUGUGGGAAACCAUCAAACCUGUGAAUGAAUCAAAUGCCGUGUUCAUUUAUGUUGUUGAGAGUGAAUCGGAGCAGCCAGACAUUUUUAAAUGCAGAAAUGUUGCCAAUGAACAAGAAAACCCAUGUUAACUAUACUGUAUGUGUGUUUUUAGUAUUUAGCAAUAACAGGUCUUCCUCAGGCUUUCAAGGCCCCUGAAAUGUGUGAUUAUGCAAUAAUAAUUUUUUUUAGACUUUAACUGCAAAGAAUGUCUGUGAGACAUUGCAUGCUGGGUUGUAAAUCUCUAUUAACAUGAAAUUUACUUCUGAAGGAGUGCCUCGAAUCGGUUUAAUUUAUGGCUGGAUGUCCUCAAUUGGACAUUCAGUGUCUUAAAAUAUUUUGUUGCCAUCUCAUUAUGUGUCUCAUCUAUACAUAUUGUGUGUAUACUGUACAUCAAACGUAACUAUUUUUUGUCUGUAAGAAAAUAUGUGUUUUGUCUUUGUUGUUGAACAAAUAUAGAAUGCUUGUUGUCUAAAAUAAUCCCAGGGCUUUUAGGUUGGAAGACUUAAAAAAAUAAAAACUUAAAACACA